UUCACUCUGAUCAGUCUGCGAUUUAAGAUUUGAAUGGCUCUUUUCUAAGGUGAUCAGAUUGAACAUGAACUUUGCCGAAUUAACAGAGAAAAGAGACAAAAAGUGUCGUUGGCACUUGCCCAAUUGUGCCAAUGGAUUCACUGUGGGUCUGUUCGGGAUCCUUCCGGUCAUCAUGUUCUCUAUAAUCUUAGUCACAAAAUUGCGAGAGGGCUUCGAUCAAAAGCUCGAUCAUAUCCAAACCAACUUGAACAAAGCCAAUGAGUUGGCCGAAACCAGACUUCAAUGGAACGAAAUCCUCGCCCAGAAAGUAGAAUCGCUCCAAAAGUCUCAGAAGCAAUGUAAACUAAUCUUAGGCAAGGCGAGCAAAACUUUGUCGACGUUAAAUCUGGCCUUCAGGGUCCAUUGGGAUCAUGCAGAUCAGCUAAAACGAAAUCUCAACUUCUCCCGAUUUCAACUCAAGAGCACAUUGGGCCAGUUAUUGGCAAUCAAGAAUCAGACCAUAUCCAUUCAGACCAACAACACUCAUCUCAUGAAUGAGAACAAGGAUUUAAAAGAGAGACUAGCCAACGAAAGCCUUGCAACUAGCGAUCAUCGAGAGGAGAUCCUCAAGUUGAAAGGCGAGAUGGAAGAUCUUCGAUCGAAUACGUCAAUGCUUAAAGGGGAAAAAGAGAGCCUGGAAAAGGUACUGAAAGUGAAAAUAGACGCUGAUUCGAACAAGACUACGGUCGAGCCCAUGCUGAAUAACGAGUCGGAUGUUAUUGACCAACACAAGGACUCUAUUGCUAAGAUUGUGGAGGAAAAGAUCAAGGAGACCCUCUUAGAAUCACAACCCUUGAAUAAUGGAACGAAGGAAACGCCGACGAUGUGAAAUCGCGUAAAAAGGUGAAGUGGAUUUCCCUUUCUUCGAGCCUUAAAAAUUCAUCCUUUUUAUAGCGGAGACUGCCAACACAUUUUCAGUUAUUUUUCAGUCAUUCGAGAUCCAGGUUCCGCCCAAAAAUUAUGUUGUCCAUGUUGUUUUCCGCUCGCAACAUGAUUAUAUAUCAUAGUCAUUUAUUAUAAGAAAUUAUUCCUUUUUCUCUUGCAACGUUUUUUUUACAUUUUCCUCUUCUUCACUUUUGAGCAUCACGUAUUUACUUUUAAGGUUUUAAUCAUUAAAAGUUGAAGGAGAUA